AUGACCAGGAGCAUUGGUUGGCAAAGGACGGAGAAAACGAGGGUGAGAUCGACUGGCUAUGAAGAUAGGUUCCUAAAGGAUCAAACCAAAGUCGGCGAUAUUGAAGAUUUAUUUAUUCAUUUAGAACGUAUUUUCUCCAUUGGGGGAAUAUGGCCGUUCAAACGAACAUAUAUUCGUUUCGCAAUUUAUAUAUCAUAUUAUAUUCUGUAUCUCGUUAUGGCAUAUACUGAUCUUUAUGACGUUUUUGGUAAUCUGGAGCUGAUGGUGAUGAAUCUCGUGGAAACAGUAGCAUAUACUAUGUCAUUUACAUUAUUAUGGCUGAUUCGUUGUAGUAAUUUGCUGAAGCAUCUAAUUAAUGCGAUUAAAAAGGAUAUGAAGGAACGCAAAUUUGAAAAUUCUGAAGAAGAAAGAAUUUACUAUAAUUAUAAUUACACGUCCAAGAUAUUUACAUAUGGCUCGAUUGCUGGCAUGUUUAUUACAGUCAUGUCGUUGUAUUUUAGACCGCUUUUACGUUUCUCAACUAGCGAUAAAGUGUUACAUAACGAUACAGAAUCUUUUAUGUUACCCUACAGAGUGCAUACAUUUGUCGACACUACUAAUAGUUAUACAUAUAUAUUAAUGUAUUUGUACUUAUUCCCGAUGUUUUAUGCCUCUAUUUGUCACAUGGCGGCGAUUUGUUUAAUAGUUAUUUUAGUGUUCCACAUUUGUGGGGAAUUAUCCAUUUUAUCAUACCGUAUUAGAAAUAUCAGAACGUAUUCACAAGAUAUAGUGGUAAAUAGAAUUCGUAAUUUUGUUCGAAUGCAUCUCAAAAUAAUGUGGAUGGCGAAAUCCGUGGAUAAUAUUUUCAAUUUAAUUCUUUUGGAUGAACUUCUUGGCAAUAGUAUUGUAUUGGCUAUUUCGCUGUACUAUGUCAUAACAAACUUACAGGUUUCGGAAAUGGCGACUUGUUGCACUUUUAUAUUUUUGCCGCUACAGCGCUUGUUAUCUUUUGGAUACUGUUUAAUUGGUGACCAACUGACUCAACAGCGCAGACGCUCGACUCUCAAUGCUCGAUGCUGUCAUUUAAAGGCACCUUUAGAGCCACUGCACAACAGAGCUGCCAGAUUGAGAUGGAACAACGCGCUUACUGCGUGUGGGGAUAGGUGGCAACGCACACGAAGGCAUGAGUCUCGUCGGCCGAGCGUCGAGCGCACACGAGAGCUCAUGCCUUCGAGUGCGUUGCCAACCCAUCUCUUCCACACUAUAAGCAUGCUGUUCCGUCUCAAUCUGGCAGCUCUGCUGCACAAGCUCUUCCAUCAGAUCGCGUCGGCGGCGAUCGCAUCAGAACUUGCGCAUCGACGUCGACGCGCGCUCAGAUCGGAUCAGAUCCGGCAGAAUCCAUCGGCAGAUCAGCGUCAGAUCGGAUCGCAGGAUCUGCUGCGCGACUCGCAGAUCAGAUCCUUGCGCCAUCGGGCGCUUGCAAAGCCGUCAGGCGCGUCGAUCAGAUCGCUUGCAUCAACGCUCAGGCAGGAUCCGGCGUCGACGAUCGACCAGUCGGCAGAUCGGAUCGCUGCUGCAGGAUCCGGCGCGUCUGCGAUCAAAAGCUCGCGGAUCAAGAACGUCGAUCAGGAUCGACGCAGGAUCCGCGCGUCGAAAAUCCGCGGGACAUCACGUCGAAGAUCAGAUCAGGUCGAUCAGGAUUCAGGAUCAUCGGAUCUCGCGUGCGGCGGAUCAAUCCAUCGUCGCGUAUCAUUAUCAGGCGAGGAUCCAUCGGACAAGGACAUCAUCGGCAUCAAGAUCGACUGUCGACAGUCAUAUUGCAGAAUCGUCGAUCAGAGAUCAUCGGAUCGCAUUCGCGAUCAAUCAAAGCAUCAUGCGUAG